AUGGACGGGGGCAGUGGUCUCAACAUCCUAUAUGUUGAAACUCUAGGCUUGAUGCAAAUCCCCUACCCUAGGCUCCGAUCGAAGAUCGCUCCCUUCCACGGUGUGAUCCUAGGGACACGGGCCUACCCGCUCGGGCAGAUAGACUUGCCCAUCAUGUUCGGGGACCGUGUGAACUUUCACACGAAGAUCCUAACCUUUGAUGUGGUAGACUUCGAGGGGUACUACCAUGCCAUACUCGGGCACCCGUGCUACGCGCAGUUCAUGACCGUCUCGAACUACACCUACCUCAAGUUGAAGAUGUCGGGCCCAAAUGGCAUCAUCUCCGUGAGCAGUCCCUUCCCGCACACCUACACAUGCGACCGGGAAAACCUCGAGCAUGCCAUAGGUCUCGCCAACUCCAAGGAGCUCCAAAGGCUCCAAAAGGAGGUAGUCCCGGCCAUACCCGACUACAACGAGCCGACCGCCACAAGCGCGUUCAGCCCGACCGACGAGAUUAAGGUGAUGGAGGUCGACCCAGUCGACCCGACCAAGACCGUGUGGAUCGAGACCAAGCUCCCAACCAAAUAG